UUAAAAGUAAAGAUUCAGUGAUAGUAAUACGACUCGUCAUGAUUUUAAGAAAUUUAAAAAAUAUUAAAAAUCUUUCCAGAAGGAAUUUGUCCGGCUUCCAGAACUUGCUUGAUAUUCAUCCUAGUGUUAAAAAUGCCUUGCAGCAACAUGAGCCGGUAGUGGCCUUAGAAUCCACUAUUAUUACACAUGGCAUGCCUUAUCCACAAAACUUGGAAACUGCCUUUGAAGUUGAGGAUAUAGUGAGAUCCGUUGGUGCUACACCCGCAACUAUAGCCCUUAUAGAUGGUCGACUUAAGGUGGGCCUAUCUAAAGAUGACAUUGUCCAAUUGGCGAAAAUGGAUAGAGAAGAAGUUAUAAAGUCUUCACGCAGAGAUUUGCCUUAUGUAAUAGCCAAUGCGAAAUGUGGUGGCACAACGGUAGCCGCAACUAUGAUUGUGGCUCAUAUGGCGGGUAUAAAAAUAUUUGCUACAGGUGGUGUGGGAGGUGUUCAUCGUGAUGGCCACAUCACAAUGGAUGUAUCGGCUGAUUUGGUGGAAUUGGGACGAACUCCAGUAACAGUAGUUAGCAGUGGUGUAAAAUCCAUAUUGGACAUACCACGUACAUUGGAAUAUCUGGAGACGCAAGGUGUCUGUGUGGCUGCAUUUAACAGCGAAGGGGGUAAAUUUCCCGAUUUCUAUACUCGAGACAGUGGUUGCAAAGCCCCUUACAACCUACAGAAUCCCCAAGAAGCAGCUAAACUUAUUAAUGCUUUGCAUCAGUUACAGUUGCAGUCAGGCAUAUUAAUUGGUGUACCCAUACCCCACGAAUAUGCAGCAGACAAGGAUUUAAUUACCGCUGCUAUAAAUCAAGCCUACAAGGAUGCUGUCGAGAAUGAAGUAGAGGGCAAAGAAGUUACUCCAUUUUUAUUGGCUGCUAUAGCGAAAAUAACAGGAGGUUCUAGUCUUAAAUCAAAUAUAGCUUUAAUUAAAAACAAUGCUAAUAUUGCUGCCCAAAUUGCUUGUGAAUUAAGCAAUACUGUUAAAAAUAAUAAUCAUGCAUGGUCCGAACAUUUAAACAAUAACUUGGAAGUGUCUGCGAAAAAACCCUUAAUAAUUGGUGCCUCAAUGUUGGAUCUUUGCCUUACCAUGCUGGACGACAUACCCUUGACUUUAGACGGAGCUACAUAUCAUACACAUGCCAAGGAAUCGGGCGGUGGUGUGGGUCGAAAUCUUGCCGAGGCCAUUUAUAAACUUUAUGGUGCGGCCAAUUUUGUUUCGGUCGUAGGUAAAGAUCAUAUGGGCCAAAGUUUAUUGCAGUUAAUACCAGAAUCUGUGCGCAAAGGCGUUCUGAUUGACCAGGAAAAAACUACUUCUAUUUGUUCUAUAAUAUUUGAUAAAUCUGGAAAUUGUAAGAUGUGUUUAGCCAACAUGGAAAUACACAAAUCUAUAACACCACAGGUUAUAAAACAACAAAAGGAACUAUUCAAACGUACACCAUUGGUAAUAAUAGACGGUAAUUUAGGCAUAAACACUAUUGAAAAAAUAUUGGAAUUAUCUUUGCAAUACAAUAAACCGGUAUUUUUUGAGCCCACUGACAUGUUAAUCGCUGGAAAACCUUUUGAACUGGACACAACGCUUACGCAGCAAAUACGUAUUGUCACACCCAAUGUUUUUGAACUCAAAGCAAUUGUAGAAUCAAUAACUGGCAAAACGAUUAGUUGGGACCCAAAUAGAUCCCUCUCAUCGCUUGAUCUACUACUCAAGGAAUGUAAGGAUUUGUUAAAGUUAAUUGAAAAUAAAUUUGACUGUAUUGUCGUCACUUUGGGAGCCCAUGGUGUCUUGGUUAAUUUACGUGGUGGUAGUUUUGAACAAAAAAUGUUUGAACCAACGACUGGUGCCUAUAUUAAUAACAAAACAAAUCAGUUUACUUCACGCAUGUAUGCUGCUCCGUCUGUUGAGAAUAUUGUAAAUGUCUCGGGUGCCGGUGAUAGUUUAUCGAGUGGUUUUAUAACUGGUUUAAUACGUGGUUUAACUCUCAAUGAGAGCAUCGCUUUCGGGUUUCUUGCCGCUAAACGAUCUUUGCAAUCGAACUCUGCCGUGCCUGAACAAUAUUUCGAAAAUACCCAGGAAGAGCAAGAACUUUUGAGCAAUGAGAUUGCUGCAUUAAAGUACAAAAAUAUAUAAUAUGAAAUUUAUAUGAAUUUAAAUAAAUAAAGAAUGCAUUUUUAUUUUUUCAUGUUUUAAUAACUUUAUUAAUAAGCCCAUCUGUAAAUAAAUUGAAAAAAUAUAAAAUAAAUUUAAAGAUUACAUUCCCUAA